GCCAUGCGGAUAAUCGCUGCGCAGCGCAUCAAUGGCGCAACGCGAUCGCAAACAAGACGCUGUCACGUCAUCGCGCGCCGGCCGCUGUCGCUGCCCCGGACGCCAUCGAUGCGACCGCAUGGAUCACGGGGAAGACCGGCGCUGCGUUUUACGCCAUCGACGCGACCGCUGGCGACCGCGGCCAUACCCGUCGACGAAAACAGCGUGCCGAUCCUCGGGGCGGCGACGCGGGCGCGCGAGCUGGCGCCCGAGCUCUACCGCAGAUUAUUUGAACUUGGCGAGCCGUACGUCGUGUUCGACGACGUGCUCGGCAAUGACGUGCGAGGCGCCAUGCUGGAAGACGCCUUGGCGCUGCGACGGCGCGACCGCUUCGGGCCGUCGCAAUCCGUCGGCAGCGACGGCGUGCCCUUCGACAAGGAGGCGGUGCUCUCGUGCGAGGUCGAACCGACGGACUUCGACGACGCGCCGCACCUGCUCGCGUUCACGCGAGAUUGGCUCUUGACGUUGCCACCGGCGCUCAAUGCAUUGCUCGGCGCGGAGCGCGUGUCGCCGCGCGAGUACGGGACGAAGCUCGCGGUACAGAUGGCCUCGGGUCGCUACCCACGCCACGUGGACAACGCGUGCGUCGAUGGUGGCGGGCCGCGCGAUAAGCGGUGGAUCACGUGCAUCUAUUAUCUGCAGGAGCCCGGGUGGGAUGCCGGCGGCGCGCUGCGGAUCUACGUCGACUGCGACGACGACGACGCGCGCGGAGAUGCGCAAGGAGAAGGCGUCGACGUCGCUCCGACGGGAGAUAGGCUCGUUUGUUUUUUCGCGGAUCGUGUCGUGCACGAGGUUCUUCCAGCGGCCGCGGAUCGGUGGGCCCUUACUUUAUGGUUCGUUGGUAACGACGACGCGGAGUGCGCGGCGGAUCGGGCGGGUGCCGGGCUUCGGGCGGCGCACUUUCCGCCUGGCUAA